AUGGCCAAGGGAAAAGCACCUCCUGGUGUUCAAAACAAAAACAUUUACACCAGAGCGUCAUACCUCUACCAAGCCGCUGCGUUCCUGGCAACCGCUUCCCAGCCACAGGGUCUCAGUGCACCCGAUAGAUCAGCCAGCGACAUCGACAGCGGCGCACAAGAUGCAACCGGCGGACUGAAGGACCCAAGUCCGACCAAAUCGGCAAAGGAAGCCCCCAAGCCGGGGGCUCUCACAGCAGACCAGCGCAGGGCCCUGCAAAACAUGUCCCGGAGUCUCCUCGCCGACAUGCGCGCCGUCACCCUCAAGCUGCUGAUCCGCCAGCGCCCCGAGAUGAAGCGCACCGUCUGCCGGUACUGCGACGCGCUGCUCGUCGAGGGCUCGUCCUGCGACGCCGCGGUGGAGAACCCAAGCAGAGGCGGACGCAAGCCGUGGGCAGACGUCCUCGUCAUCCGUUGCCGCGCGUGCGCCGGCGUCAAGCGCUUUCCGGUCGGCCAGCUUGGCAAGAAACAGGUGCGGAAGAGCCUACGGGUCGGGAAAAAUACGGCACAAGAUGGCCAAUGCCCAAAUCAGAUGGAGCAGGAUGCACGAUGUUCGCAAUAG